UCAACAUCUGCUCCUCUCACCUCUCCACCUCUAUCACCAGAACCAUGACCUGCUGUGGCUGUUCCGGAGGCUGUGGCUCCAGCUGUGGGGGUUGUGGCUGUGGCUGUGGCUCAGGCUGUGGAAGUUGUGGCUCCAGCUGCUGCUGUGUGCCCGUGUGCUGCUGCAAGCCUGUGUGCUGCUGUGUGCCAGCCUGUUCCUGCUCCAGCUGUGGCAAAGGGGGCUGUGGCUCCUGUGGUGGCUGCAAGGGUGGCUGUGGCUCUUGUGGGGGGUGUAAGGGUGGCUGUGGCUCCUGUGGGGUGUGCAAGGGGGGCUGUGGCUCCUGUGGGUGCUCCAAGGGGGGCUGUGGCUCCUGUGGCUGCUCCAAGGGCGGCUGUGGCUCUUGUGGGUACUCCAAGGGUGGCUGUGGCUCCUGUGGGUGCUCCAAGGGGGGUUGUGGCUCCUGUGGGGGCUGUAAGAGCAGCUGCUGCCAGUCCAGCUGCUGCAAUCCCUGCUGUUGCCAGUCCAGCUGCUGCAAGCCCUGCUGCUGCCAGUCCAGCUGCUGUAAGCCCUGCUGCUGCCAGUCUAGCUGCUGCAAACCCUGCUGUUACUCUCAGUCCAGCUGCUGCAAUCCCUGCUGCUCUCAGUCCAGCUGCUGUGGCCCUAUCUGCUGCCAGUGCAAGAUCUAAGUCUCUGAUCCCAGACCCAGGAAACUGUCAGUUUCCAAUUUCUCAAGAAGUGUUCCUGGCUGUGAUCACACAUUGAAGCUUCAGUCUCAUCCCAUGCCCCAGAAUACCCUUUCCUCACUCUAGGGCCGGGCAUUCAUCACUUUGACUACAGAGGAAACAUCAUCGGCACCAUCAUUCCCUAAUGGAAAGCCCAUAUACUCCCUCCUAAUCACCAUGGAGAUGUGGGCUGUGCCUCUCAGUCUUUCUUUGAAGAUUUUCAGAUCUCCUGAGUCCUCUAGACCUUUCCCUGCCACUUCCAGCUCUUUGAGCUCAACACUGGCCUUUGACAUGUACUUUCUUUGUUCUCUGCAUAUUUUCACCUGCACAGGGCUCUGACAUCCUUAAAUAAACCUCUCCCCUCUGCACACAA